AGACGAAAAAUUCGGAAGGUAUAUAUCAUGAACAAAUCUAAGCAUUUAUUUAAUAAUCGAAAAAGUAUUAUCCGAGAAAAAGUACAGAUUUUUAUAAAACGAACUAAACUUCUUCACUAAACUCAAAUUCAUUCUAAAUUGUUUAUAAAAUCAUAAAAAAAACCUAGUGUGCCUAUAUAAAAUAAGAAUGUAUUUUUUAUAAUCGUCAAAAUCAAACAAAUAAUUAUAGGUAUAAUGUUACCUACUUAAUGACACCAUUUCAAGAUUAGGAAAUUAUUGUAUAGACGGCGAAUUUUGUCAUUAUUUUAAGUCCAAUAAUGGAAAACACAAUGCCGAGAACCACUGAAAUUCAAUAACUUGGAAGGGGCGAUAGAUUUCUUGAACUUGGUCUUAAUAAUCCUGCUGUAACCAGUUACGGUUAAUCGUUGUUCAGUCAUCCGAGCGAACAGAGUGUAGUUGUAGUCUCAGAUUACGAGAAUACGACGUGCAGAUAAACCGGGAAAAUCAAAUCUCAAGUAAGUAGCAUUGUAAAACAUAUACCUAUAUUGAAAGCAAAUUGUUUUAUUAUUAGUUAAGAACAUUUUUAAAAUAUGUCCGAUAAGGUCUAUUUUAUUAGGGAUCUAUGUUAAAACAAAAUACAUUCGGAGUUAAUAAAAUAAAUAAAUAUAUAUAUUUUUGAACUACUAAACUGAUAAGAUCAAAUUUGGACCAAAUCGAUUUAUCUUUAUUACCUAGUAUUGUUAUUUUUAAUUAAAAUCCAAUAAUAAAAUUAAUAUAUUUCAAUAAAUUUCUUGUUAGGUAUCUGAUAAGUGUUUAAAUUUACGAGAUUAGACAAAAUAAUAUGUUUGUCUUUGAAAUUGUUUACCCUACAAAAUAAAACGUAAAUGAAAAUUUCAUAACUAAAGUUUAUAGAAAUAAUAUUAUUAUUGAUUUAGGUAAAUAAUAAUACGAAUAUUAUAAUCACAUGAAACGACGGUGUGCGGUUAUUUAUUGUUUUUUAUCUAAAUUAUCACAAUCAUAAUAUAAUAUCAUAUAAUAUACUAUAGUUUUUAUAGUUUUUAUUAUAAUUCAAUUUAUAAUAUGUAUUACGUAGGUAUGUAAGUAUACAAACGUGAUAAUAAUUUUAGUAACUAACAACAUAUUAUAUAUUAUAUCUUAGUGACGAUAACCAGAAAAAAAUAAAUUAAAAAAUGUGAAUAUCACAUUUAUCUAUGUAAAUAGAGCUUAAUGAAAAUAAACUGAAUAAAACAAAAACAUAAUGUUAUUACAGCAGCGAUCACUAACUACUAGGAUUUUUAAACGGGCCAAAAAUUAAUUUUUCAAGUUACUUUCCGAUCACAUAAUUAUUUUAUUAUGAGGUAGUCACAGUGGCCCACCUUCAGUCUUCUUUUUUAUCUAACGAUCGAUAUAAAAAAAAUAUGUUUACGUAAAAGAAACGAAAAGGCAUUUAAAUUCAGGUUUAGAGUUAAAAUACCUAUAAUGUAUGUACAACCCCGUUCAAUGCCACAUUUAAGGGAACAGCGUUAGGGGCAAACUCCCGAAGCUAUUUUUUUUUUCACAAAGAUCUGAAAAUACAAAAAAUAAUAAUUUAAUUUUUAACGACUUUUCAACCAGAACUCUUAACAUCAAUACCAAAGGUGGUUUUUAGUAGACUAUUUUGUCCAUUUCAUUUCUAAUUUCUUAGUCAUUAUAUAAAUACGAUCAUAAUCAUUUAUAACUAAUACCGGCAUAAAUAAGAAAACAUCGAAUCUGCAUUUACUUUAUUUUACUAUAAAUGUCUAUUAAACAGUUUUUUUUUUUUUUUUUCUGUCUAAAACCAAUUUUAUUUGCACUUGGAAGUUUGCAUUUUUUGAAAUAUUAAAGCAAACAAAAUAAUUAGAUAAUGAAAAAUUAAUAUUUCAAAAACUAAUCAGUAAACAUUUAAUACAAUUUAAUUAUAUUGAUAACAUAAACAAGUUUGUACGAUUAAAGAAACCUGAGUACCGUAAACACGCGUUAGGUAAUCAAUUACUAAACUCUCGGGCCAUUAGAUUGACAGACGAAAAGGUUCGACGUCCUUUUAAUAAAUAUAAUUACAUUUUUUUUCUCUUUUUAAGUAAGUUAAUUUUAUUCUAGCGAUUCGAGAUGGUGUCCCGUUUUGCACUGUCACUAUUUGUGGUUAGUGUUAGCGCCUUGUUAACAGAAUCUACAAACAUAUUACCGACGUUACCAAAUGCAAUAAUAAAGUCGAACAAUGCGCAAUGUGAACACGACAGUUUGAUGCUGCAGUCGGGUCUGAAAAAUAUGACUUUAUGGGCUCAACAAAGUAAGUAUUUUAGUUUUAUUAUUUUAAACUAUAAUACAACGUGUAUUAAAAUAAAACUCAUAUUAUGUGUAGGUAUUAUAAAAAUCCGUUUUGAAAGAAUAUUCAUAUAAAUGAUGUAAAUUAUAGUAUAAACAUUACAAUUAAAAAAUUAUAUAGGUACACGAUCGAUAUACGAUACAUAAUUCUGUAGUUAGUUUAUAAAAUCUAUGAAACUGUAUAAGAAUGGCAUCGUCUAUUAUUUUUUUAAAUUCAUAUCGUAGUAACAGAUUAACAUUGUGGUCAUACACAAUAUUUUGUCUUUUUUUUCUUCAUGUUUCUAAUUAUUUAAAAUCAAUAUACCUACUACAUAAUAUUAUCAUGUGCAUCAAGAAACAUUAAUUACAAAAACGCGAAAAGAGCGGUUCAUGUAAGUAGAUAAUUUCCCCUCGGCUAUUUUUGAUAGAGUAGAACUUGUUCCCCACGGUAUAUAUUUGAAUGCGGAAAUUUCCCUCCCUCAUGUAUAAUGUAUAAUAAAAAUAAUAAAAUCACAAAUUUCGAAAAUUGUCCAUGUGUAUAAAUAUAUAAUAAAAAUAAAUAAAUAAAAUAGAAUAGUUAUUUUUAAAUUUAUUUUAUUUUUUUCAUUUUUAUAUAUCAAAAACGGUUUUGGUUCGUACCCUCCCGUUAUAAAUCAAAUACCAUUUAUUUUCAAUUUUGAAGUAUAAAGCAAAGGCAACUUUUCAUUUGUCAAUAAAACUAUAAAUUGCUUCUUUUAAUAAGUUAGCACAAUUUUUUUGGAAAAUGUUUCUUCUGAUUUAUAAUAUUUAACCACUAAACUAUUACUAAAUCUUUUGAAAAUUUUUGUUACAAAUAAUUAAAGUCUUAUGCUAUAGUAUAUGCUACAAAAUCGUAUAAGAUUUGUUAUUUUAAUAAUCUAAGGCGUAGACUCUAAGCGAUUUAUGGGGAUUUGAACACAAUUUUAGAUAAUAAUGCUGAGUAUACUAUAAAUGUAAAAUACCAUCAUUGUUUAAAAUUAUAUUUUAAAAAAAUAUUGGAAAAUGUAUGGUUUUAUUAUUAUAAUUUUAUAUAUUUUUAAUUCAUUUGUUUUAAACAUAAUAUGCAUUUACAUUUACGUCGAAAUAUUUGUAUAAUAUUUAAAAUAUGUUUUAUUUUUAUUUUCCAUCCGAACUGAACAUGAAACAUAUAAAUUAUUGUUUUCGUUAAGACAGUGAUAUUAAUAUUAGACUUUGAGGAUGUAUCUGUACAAUGGGCCCAUUAGGUCCAUAUGGGUUUUUUGGAUGGGAUUUGGUUUGAAGUUGCACGAUGAGGCUAUUAGAGAAUCAACCCCGCAAUCGUCGUUGAUUUAUUGUAAUUGCUGUUAAGGUCUGUGUGAAUUAAAGAACAGUAAACAAAGAACCGAUUAUGGUUUUUGUUAUAGUGACUUUCUAUAGUCUUUUUUAGUGUUCGGAUAUGUGCCAUUUUUUAACCAUUUUUUUUUCCUUUAUAAUAUAUGCAUACAUUAUACAUAAAUUAAUUGGAAUGUAGUCACAGUGAAUAAUUAACUUAUAUAUGCGCGUUAUCUAUGUAUUUUUGUAUUUACCGCAAAUUUAACGAGUGUUUAAUGUGCACGGUAUUGAAUUUGCAAAAUACUAUUUAAAUAUUUUUUUUUUCAAACAAUAAAAAUGUUAAUGGUAUAAGUAAGUGCUGUUCAACCCUGACGCUGACCCUACAGUCGCGUUUAACAAACACAAAUAUUUGUAUAUUUUGUUUUAAUAAUAAUAAUUUAUUUAUUUAUUCAUUCACGGAAAAAUAUUUUCAAUUUACAAACGGUAAACAACAAUAUUUAAUACAAUAACAUGAAAGAUUUAACUUAAUAAAUAUACUAAAACGAAAAUAAUAUAUUACUGCAAACAUAAUACAUAACUAGAUACACAAAAAAAAAUAUUUUUAUUGUACUACAAAUAUUAAUUUUUUGAUUAAUAUAAUUUUGUUAUUAACAAUAAACUAAUACUAGUAAUACCCGGCCGCGUUUGUGGCCUAGCCUAUCAUUGCCUGUCCGACACUAAAUACAAUAAUACCAUGGAAAUUACGAUCUAAAUAUUAUGAUUAGAGCUGGGAAUAUAAUGAUUUAUAAAACCCUAAAAAAUUCCCUUAAAUAAAUGUUUUAUUGCCCUAAUUAUUCUAAAUAAUGCACUAAAAAUACGCAGGUGAAUUAAGUUUAUUUUUAAUAAAUUAAGUAUAAAUUUUAAAUAAUAUUUGAUUAAAUUAAUUGAAUUAAAAUGAAAGUGAUUAAAAUAAUUUUUCUAUAUGCGAAACUUCAGGAUUUCUUUAGGCUAAACUUCAAAUUGUACACUCCGUAGACUUUGUGCACUCUAAACUGUUACACUGAAUUAUCAGAGAUUGUUUAAGAUUUUCGAAUAAAAACGAUCUUCUGUUAUCCGUCAGUAAAUUUAUAUAGAUAGAAAAACUUCUUUCAACGUCUACCGAAGUGAUGGCUGAAUAUUUAAAGAACGCCAAAUCAUUUACUGUUAUAUCAUCCGGAAUUUCAUUUAUUGUGCCUUCUUGUCCAUUCAAAAUAUCUGAUGUAUCGGAAAGGAUUUUAAAUCCUUUAUUUUUAUUUAAAAACCUAGUCAUUUUUUUGUAAAUGGUUUUUCCGAUUUCAUUUGGAGCAUUUUGAAUUUCAGCUUCUAUUUAUUGAACAAUGUUAAUAGAAUCAGCUAGUCAUACCGGAAAUUUCUAGUUGCGUAAUAGAUAGUUGCUAAGGUACUAAAAUUUGCCUUAAUAUACAGUGUAAUCACGAUUUAAAGUAACACUAAAAUAUCUCUGGUAGAUGACCUUGUAUUGAAAUGGGGUUUUCGGGAGGUGAUAGGGAAUACCUAAAGACAUAUUUUCAGAUAAAUUUCAAAUUUGUAAAACUUUUGGUACACGCAUGCGCAAUACAACUUACAUUUUUUUAAAUGGAAACACUAUUUUUUUUUCUACAUAUUCGGAUAGAUUAUUUUUUUUUAAAAUCGUAAUCGUAUUAUUACAGUUUACUGAACAAAAAUUAUUACAUAUUCGAGAUAUUCAUUCUAGUGACCAACAGUAUUUUUAAAUUAUUAUUUGCAAACAGAUAAAGUAAAUUGAACAUUUAUUUCACAAUUAUUUUAGUAUUCAAAAUCAAAAUUUUGACUUACUCUAACAUGGUCAGUUUUAUAAAUAGAAAAAAACUCUGAAUUCAAAAAAUUUAAAAAAAAAAAUAGUGUUUCCAUUUAAAAAAAUUGUAAGUUGUAUUAUUGCGCAUGCGCAUACCAAAAGUGUUACAAAUUUGAAAUUUAUUUGAAAAUAUGUAUUUAGGUACUCCCUAUCACCUCCCGAAAACCCCAUUUCAAUACAAGGUCAUUUACCAGAGAUAUUUAGUGUUACCUUAAAUCGUGAUCACACUGUAUACUAAAUUAUGUUUAAAAUUAACUGUAGAAAAUAAAUGUUCAGCUUUGGAAACUGCAACUGCGUCUUUCUCGUCUAAUUUAUCGGUAUAAUUUCUUUAGUAAGUUCAACGUGUUCAUAAUAGUACAACCAAGCAUUUAACCAAGUUCCCCAACGCGUUAAUACAGGUUUAGGAGCUCGUGGGACAUCUUGUGCCAUUGUUUUAAAUAUUUGGAUUCGCGAUGGCACUUUCAAAAUUAUCUUUUUCACGUUAUUUAUUAUUAAUGCACCAACAUUUGGAAAAUUAUUUCUUAUUUCUUCAGCAAUUCUAUGCAAUGCGUGUACUAAGCAUGUAACAUGUAUCAUUUUAAAAUAAAAAGUUUGGAUUGCAAUACCGGCUUUAAUCACAUAAGUAGCAGCAUCGCUUAGAAAUAACAGGACACUUAUCAUGGAUUAUUCCUUGAGGCUAUAAAAUUGAUAAAGACUCGUCAAAAAAUUUAGCGAUUGUGCUGUGAUUAGUUUUUUUUCUAAUACUUCUGAGUUUAAUACAAAUGUUUUACCUUUGUUUCCUAUUUCUAAUGUACCUAUUAUGCCAUUGGGAACAUAACGACCACAGGCUUCCGUUGUUUCGUCGAUAGAAACCCAAAUGUUUUUAUUGUCUACGCACGACCUUAUUUUUUGUAUAAUUUCAUCGUAAUAAAUAUUAAUGCAAUUUUUUCGUAAUGUAGAGCGAUUGGACGUUUGUUUGUUUGUAUAUUUUUCCAAAAAUUUACAAAACAUAGGAUUUUCGAUCAUAUUUAAUGCAGGGGCGUGUCCAGGGUGAAAAUUCAGGAUGGGCUCGAUUAUAAGAAUAAUUUGUAUAAGAUACACAAUUUUUUUAAGUUUUACUUACUACUUUGUAGUCAUAUGCAUAAUAUACUUAUACUCUUAUAAAGUAACUUUUUAUAAUAUUUAUUUAGUAAAUUUAAUUCUUCUGUUUUUCAUUUUGGCAAACUCUUUAAUAAUCUUUGUAGGAUCUCGCAAUAACUCCAAACUGAACUCCCUUUUAAUUGAUAUCAAUGCCAAAUUAUGAAGACGUGUAGUUGACAUAGAUGUCCUUGAAUAUGUUUUAAUUCUUCUCGUCGUCGAAAAACUUCUUUCGGCUGUUACUGAACUUACUGGUAUAACCAACACGCGUUCUACAGCCAAUUUAAUUUCCUUAACUGACUUUCCCAUAUCGCAUAUGUUAUGCCGUAUACAGGUUUUAUACCAAGAACUUUGAAAACAACGUUGCUCAUUACAAAUAUUUCGACGGGGAAAAUUAAGAAUUAGCUGAAUUGGUUGUUCAUGACAAUUUAAACUUAUAUCGAGCACUUUUGCAUUACAAAAUUCGUUAGCAAUCGAAUUAACGGUUAGUUUUACAAUUUUUUUUUUGUGGUUUUAAUAACCUCCACUAUAUUAUCAUUUUCAUUCAAUGUUUUUGUUGAUUUAGGAACAGAUUUCAAAAAAUCACUAAUCAUUUUAUUAUACAUUUAUCAACUAUAGACGAAAUACAAGAAAUAAUUAAUAAUUCUAAAAGAGCCACAAAACAAAACGGAAUAUGUUUAUUCCCGAUCGCAUCGGUAUUCGCCACUAUUCGGUACUAAACAAAAUAUAUAUUAUCAAUUAGCAACGUCGUUGAAUUUUCCACGCUCAGCAACGGUCGUAAUCGUAAUAAUAUCGGUUGCAUACUUAUCCUAAUAAAUGUAUUUUUAAUUUGUGUCGCAUAAUAUAUCAAUAUGGUUGUUGACUAUUUGUGGAUGAAUAUUUUUCCUAGAAGCGCUUAAGGAUCACCGAUUGCUUUUUACGUUUAUUUAUUUUAUUUAUAAAUAGGUACAAUUAUUCACGGCAUAAUGUAUGUACGCAUACGUGUACCUACGCAGUACGCCCCGGUGUAUUCAUGUUUAGUGUUCGGUGUGUUUAACAGGAAAAAUAAAUUAUUUGAGUUUAUUUAAAGACUAAAAAUCAGGAUAGGCCCACUAGGCCCACCCGCUGGACACGCCUCUGAUUUAAUGAAAUGUACGAGUUAAAUUUAAAAAUAUUCUGACCUGUUUGGUGUGUCUGUAAUAAAACUUUGUGCAGUUUUUUUUCCUACUUAUUUUUAUAAUUCACACCGUUUUACUCUAAGUAUACGUUUGUCUCUUGAUAAAUGUUUUAUAGAAAACCGUUUUUCAGCAGAAACUUUUAUGUUGCGUAUCUUACACAAUAAUACCGUUCCGUCGAUAGAAAAAAUACUUUGACCAAACUCUUCAACAAACGCACGCAAUUGACUCACCGAUAAACGAUUAACUUUAGGCAUUUUAAUGAAACAAUUGAAACUGUGUUACAACUUACGACAACAAACUUGUAAUGAUCGAUAUCGUCAGAUGUCAAUAUUGAUUUUAUUGCUCUGAUAGAUUAUUAAACAGAUUAAUAUAUUAUGGCAAUUCUAAAUAUACUUUGCCAUUCCGCCAAUCGCAAAUUUGUUAUCUAAGUUUUUCUACGAUACGAGAUACGAGUAGGUACCUACUUUAUUGUUUGUUGCACAAAAAAAAUAUAAACAUAUUCAUAUAAGACUCGCAUUAUAGCGUGCACAAUCUUAAAAUAAAAUUUCAGGUUUGAAUUUAAAUUUUGGAUCCAAAAACUUCAGUAAUGCGCUGAAAAUGAAGAAAAUAACGUUCAAUUCCAAAAAUGCAAAAUAAAUUGUCUUUUAUUCUCAUUCAAAAGUACAUGUUAUGGAUUUGUGACCAGGCGAGCAUCGUCCAGUAACCUCUGGAAAAAAAUGAAAAGUGCAUCGAAAUCCCAGCCCUAAUUAUUGUCAUAUUAUUAUUCCCCAACGACGCCAAUUCAUUCAUACAUCUUUUCGAAGAUUAUCUACCAAUUUGCAUAAUGAAAACAAAAGUCGAUCAGAUUGUAAAACGAUUCUUUACGAUUUUACUUUUAAAUUAAAUCGGAUAGUCAGCAGUUGUCGCCGAUAGUGAAAUAAAUUACUUAUAUAAUAAUUUUGUCAUUAUUAUUUAUUAUUAUCAAAUAAAACUUUAAUGCCGUCGUUCCGUCACGGUCAUUAUACCCGUCAACAUAAACUAGUUUUUAACUUCGGUGCGGUUGAUUCGACAAGGAUGGGAAGAACGGCACCGUUAUAAAAUGUCUCGAAGCGGCUCAUGUCGAUUGUAAAAGCAAGCGUACACUUAGUGUACAGACUUUUAACCGGUCGGCAGUUUGAUCGGUGUCGUGCUUACAGCAAACGUCGUGUCCCUCUCUAAACUAUUUAGUUGUUUUUUGUUACGCUAUUUGACGAUGGUCGGCCGAUCGCUGUAUUUACAGUUCAAUUAUUAUUGUCAUCACUAUUUUCGAUAAUAUUUAUAAAUUUUCGUUUGAUAAUUGAUCAACUACUAGUCGCAAAUAUGAAAUAAUAAAGGUCUAAAAAAAAAAUUAAAUAAUUUAAACCAUUGUUAACAGGAACAGGUAGCAAAUGAAAAAAAAAUAACAAUGAAUAAUACAAAUUCUAAAAUUUAACAAAUACAAAUAAAUAUCAGUCCGUGAUAUUGAUAAGAUAUUAUUUCGUUUUAAAUGACUACAGUAUUUAUCGAACGAAGUUUGCCCAAUUAUUUAAUUUUUUGUGUAUAGUGUACUUAUUUAAAACGCAAUGCCAACUAUACCAAAAUUAUUGAUCUUUUGAAACGAUAGAGAAUCGGAAUGCCUUUUUGAUUUUUAUAGUUAAUAUGUAUCCACGCUUACACAUAACCAAAUGUAAAUCUAAACCGAUCAAAUUAUCGUCAAAGUCCGUCUGUAGUGUACACUCAUUCUAAAGACAAUUUUUACUAAAUCGUGUUUAUAAAAUUCAUAUAAUAUUCAUAAAAUCGCUUGCGGUUAGAAUUUAUAGGUUGGUAUAGGAUAUCAAAAUUGUGCCAUGAUAAAAAUUAUAACAUCAUGUACCUAUACAAGUUUGUAUAAAAUAUAAUGAAUUUAACGUCGUUUUAGGAACAAUAGCUUAGGUAAUAAAAACGUGCAAGUUAAUAACGGUUUAAUGGAAAAAUAUAAACAUCGACACUUUUGUCGUUUCUUAUGUUUGGAAAAACAGCUAUUUUUUCGAAAGAACAAUUUCUCGCUUUCUGGUUUUAAAUUUAAACAGCAAAUACGAAGGGCAAUGCCCUCUUAAGGUUUGUAUUAUACUCAUACCGGUAUUCCGUUGCAUUUAUUUCUUCGAUCACAUCGUUCCUACAGACGACUCGGCGCAACUCGUGGCAUUAUUAUUUUUUUGACGUGAAAUAUUUUUACGGAGGAUACAACAGCAAAAAUUGCAACACGAAAUCAUACUCACAACAUUGAUAUCGACGGAAAAACCAUAUUGAACGAUUGUUAUUAUUAUUAUUGUGGUGAAAUUAGAAAAUCAUAUAGUCAAAUGUUGAAACAUGUUAAAUAUUAUCAUUUUAUGAGGCAGACUUUCGAUUAUCAUUUUCAACAAAAUCUUCUUUUAUCUUUCUUGUUAUUCUUUUUCCAUACCAUAAGUACGAAUUUCAUCAUUGAUAUUAAUUUGUCCUACCUCGCAGUUUGUAGACUGAAAAAAUAAAAUUUUUAAACAAAUUCUUAAUACAGAAAACUAUAGAAAGCCUACAUUUGCUGUUGGGAUAUUCUACAACAGUAGACAGUGUUUGUUGAUUUUUAUCCUUGAAAUAAUUCGUUAAUGAAAUUAAAAUGGCUACAUUGAAAACAACCAAAAAAAUGUCGAUUCUCACAUUAUGUGCAAAUUUUUUUUCAUUGCAAUGUUUACGAUGACUACUUUUAAAAACCAUAUUAUAUAAAUCUAAAAGCUUUUACAAUAAUUGCGUCAAUUUGCAGAUUCUAAGCAAACGAGGUAUUAGUUUACAAUGAUUAUUUUAUUUUUUAUUUUUUUUUUUUUUACACUUUUAAUUUCUACCAGAAAUCUUGCUUCAAUUUUCAAGUAUAAGUCCUUUUCUGAAACGAAAUUUCAUCUAUUUGUUACUUUAAAUAGGUGAUUUUUUUUGGUUUUUCUAGCAUUUUUCAUAAUAAUUGGGAAAAUCGGAAAAUUUAAGAAAAUAAUUAGUGCUAUUAUUUUUAAUUUUGUAUUUUUAUUGUAAUUCAUUUUGAAAUAUUCGUAAAGGCUUGAAAUUUAGACAGAAAACUUAAAUUUGUAAUUUCUAGACGUGGUAAACUGUUCAAAAUAUUUAUGCAUUUAAUAUUAAUUAUUAUUUUAUAUUAUUUAAUAUUUAUAUUUAAAUAUAAAUAUUUAUUUUUGAGCUAUUUAUAGGCAUUUUAAUUUUACGAGUUUUUUUACGUAUUUAUUAAUAUUACUUUAUAUUUAAAAAAAAUAAAAUUAGUGGAAUGGAGAAUUAUUUUUAUAAGAAUUUUAGUAUAUCAAAUUUUAACAAAAAAUACUAAAUAAUAAAAUUACAAAACAUGUAUAACCGAACUCUGUUCAAAAUCGUUGUUCAUUAACAAGGAUUAAUCCAAUAUCAAAUGAUAUCCAUCAUUUAAUAUGGAGUGACUGAGAUGUUAAUAAAAGCCAAAAAUUAGUCUCAAAGUGCUUCAAAACACACAUUUUGAAGGAAAAAUAAUUUCAAAUCGAGCAUGUAGGAUUAAUUUACUUUUGUUUCUAAAAUAGUUGUAUCUUACAUUUAGAAUUAUAUAUUUUUUUUUUAUUUUUUUUUUUUUAUUUUUUUUUUUUUUUUGGAGGACUUAAAUGUCUUUACCCGAGACACAAAACGUACUAAUACGAUCCCGGAUGCCUGUUCAUAUUAUAUUGUUUUGGAAUGUGAUCGAUUUUAUAAUAAUAUACACGAACAAAUGUGCGACCAUCAAAAUCGCAGUCUCAAGGAUAACUACGAAUUUUUUUUUUUUAUGGUGGAAGUUCAAUGUAACGAUGCGAACUGUGUAUACGCGCGUGGUAUAGAUUCUCAAACGAGUAAUAAGUAUUUUUUUUUAUUUUUACACCGGCGGGCGACGCAAUGAAAUUUCUGUUCUCCAUUCUAAUAAACAUCAGGUAUAUUAUAGCGGAUAAACACUGAUCUGAUACUGUUGGGCGAAAAUUCUAUGUACGAGUAUAGUAUUCUUUAUGAUAAUUAUUAAACUUGUAUUAAGAUACAAUGUGUAAUUAACUGAAUAAGCAAUUUUGAAACGUUACUGCGUUUCAAUAAUCUAUUAAAUAUGAUCGAAAAUAAUGUUAUGUUUAAAUUGUAAUAUAAGAGAAUGCACAACCAUACUAAUAAUGCGCGGUUAUUGGCAUUACCUAAAUAAUUAAAAAGCCACGAACAAUUGACAUUUUCAUUAGCCUGUAAUACUAAAAUAAACAAUAAUUGUUAUCUGUAAUAUAAUCUCAAGGAUGAAUCACAAUUCAAAAUUGAGCGUGUCCAUACGAGGUUCUUUAGUGUGACCCAAUAUAUUCUUCUUAGAAAUGAAAUGAAAUACAUUAGUUUAAAUAUGAAUUAAAAAUCGUAAAAAUUAUCUAGUGACAUUCAAUUGUUGAGUAUAAAAUAAAAGUUUUCAAGAGGUUAAAACCAUUAUAUGACGGUAUACAUUAACGGUAUAAAUACAUUUUUUAAAUCACAUUUUCAUAAUAAUCUAAUAUAUUUAUAUACAAUAUAAACAAUUUUUUUUCCGAAAUACCACGAUGUUUACUUUUUUAUAAAAACGACCAAUUUUUUUUAUAUAUGUAUAAAUACAAAUACAAAUGCAUUGCAGCAAGUUUAGUAUAGGAACUGUCCUCAUAUACCUAAUUUCUCUUUGGUUAUCCAGACCAGUUUUUAUGUAAAUGAUUUUAUAUCAAUAUUUAAUAGUUUCAGUGCCACAGUUUCAGUAUUAUGUCUAUAUAACGGAAAAGAAAGUAGAAAACUAAUAUAAAUGGUAUAUAAGUGAGUAAAAUAGGGCAAAAAUGAAGUAGGCGUAUGGAGGUGCAAUGGAGAGUUCACUGUCAAAAUCAUAUUCAGUCACUUGGUACCAACCUCGUUGUUCUGUUUUUUCCUGUUUUAGUGAAUUAUUCAACAAUUAUUUUAAGUUCCAAAAAUGUAAAUUUACCCGUUGUAAAAUCUAGAACACAAUAUUAUCUUUAAAAAUGUAUACGAGAUUACAAUGCGGUCAUUGACUAUAGGUUAGUUGACGAGAGUCAAUCCUAAACCGGAAUUAUACUCACUUGUUUGGUGGAUAACGAUUAUUGAAUAAAACGAAAGUAAUUAUUUUAUAAAUAAAUCAAUGCGUAAAGUAUGUCAUGCAUAUUUUAAAACUUAGUACUUAGACUAUGCAAUUAGAUUCAGCAUGAUCAUAGAUAAAAUAGUGACCCAGCGAGCCGUUAUUUAAAGAAAAGUCGAGACGACAAAUGUUAAUUCAAAAAAUUAGUUAUUACGAAUUGUACGAAUAUGAAAACACGUAACACAUAAUCACUACCACAAAGGAUGAUCUAUUAGUUACUUUGUUAUUAAAAGAAUAAUAUGGUAAGCUGUAAAAGUUAACUUUCCCGUAACCAUGUGGUUUGUUCAUAUUUUUCCGAUCAUUUUUAUAUUAUACAUACAUUUAAAAACAUAUUAACUAAUAAUUUUAUGAAAACAGGUGCGACUAGUUUUACUCUUCUUCGUUGAGCCAGUUCAAAUACAUUACAACUAUAAUAAAUUCAUAAGACACAAAUGGCUGGCGGUAUUUUUUAUACGUACCGUUGUUAUGGUAAAUACCGUUAGUUCGGUAAAUACUGUAGUAUCGAUAAUUACCACGGUUAUAUUAAAGCCGUGAUAAAUACUCCCGUCACUUAAGACAAACGUAGAUGAGCGUCUAGAAACAGCGCCUCUUAUCAGCAUCACAAUAUUAAGGGAGUAGCCCUAUCACACGGUCAGUUAAUAAAUAGUUCAUUAUUUAAUAAUUAUAUAUUUUAUUAUUUUACUGAAAAAUACCGUAAUAUCAGUAUACCGGUAAAAACCAGUAUAUAAACAAAUACCGAAUAUCGGUUGUUAAAUUCUCAAUAUCACCAACUCUAGAUUUAUAUAUUUUUUUUUAUUUAUAAUAUUGUGGCGGGUUUCGCGCCACAUUUCUCCUUCCGCUGCUCGUCGCUCGUGGCGGACGUCGGCCACGCCCCUCGCCGCCGGUGUAACGGUUUUUGCACACAGCUCCGCUCGUCUCGACUGCUCCGCUCUCUCUCUCUCUCCGCACCGACGCCGUACGCGAAGCAUUGUUUUCCGACUCUGAAUAAUUAUUAUGUAUAAUUGUCUUUCUUAGCUUAUGUUGUUUUAAUUGUUGCGUGCUCGCCUUUUACUUCCGUCAAAAGCCGUCAGCUGGCGACCACUUAUAUAAUGUUUUUAUUUUGUAGAUAAACGUUACUUUUUACCUUAUUAUAAAACCUCGUGUAUUGGUGUAACCCGCCAAAAUAGUAUUAACAAGUAUGAUUAAAAUGUAACCAUAGUAAAAUAAAAAGAUAAAUAAUACACAGUUUGUUUGAUAACGAAAUAAAACUGUAUACAUUCAUAGAUAUUAAUCAAAAUAGUGUUAUAUUUUUUAGAUUCUAAACGAAGCUAAAAAUAUAUCAUUUUUUUUUUUGGAUAAAUUAAAAUGUUUAAUAGAUAUUUACUGAUAACUGAUAAAUAAAUAUUAGCUUAUAAUAUGUUUUAUUUUAUUUGUAUAUAUUAUAAAUAAAAUGCAUAAUUUAUUCGUAAAUAUGUAUAGGUUCACUAAAAUAAUUUAAAUAUGUAAAAAUAACCGGUAACAUUUAGGUAUAUCGGUAGCGAAUAAGGUAAUGGGCGUUCACACAUCCGUUUAACUUUUUUUAAAAAAUUGUAAAUCCAUAUACCUAAUAUCAUAUGUAAAACACGAGUAUUAUUUCCUGUGUUUUUAGAUUAGAUGGAGGUGGGAAUCGUUUAUAAUUUGUAAAAGGGCCUUGAGAUUCAUAUUGAUGAAAUAUUGUAUAGUUAUUAUAAUAUAUUAAUGUGAGUGGAGUAACCAAAACACGACCACAUAUGAAAUUUUAAAAUGGUAGUAAAUAGGUUUUUAUAAGUAUCAAAAAUGAUCACGAAUUUAAAGAAUAUCGAAAAUCGUCGAUUAGAAAUAAUAAAAAUAUGUUUAUACAAGGUGAUCCAUUUAAAUGGGUACAUUUAUUAUCUCGGAAACUUUUUCCGGUAUUUAUUUUCUAGAAUAUUUAAGAAACAAGCUGCUCUUCUAAUAUUGUAUGUUUAUGAUAUUUUUUGUCACCUUUAUUUUUGGGGGUAAAACCACUAUCUACUUUUAAAAGCAACCUAUAUUAAAAAAAUCAUUAAUAGACAUAGUAUUAGUUAAAAUACAUUUUUAGUAUUGACAUGUUUGAUGUCCGUUAAUAUGUUAUGAGAUAUUCGACUUUUAAGUUUGGGUUGAAGGACAGUAUAGUAUCAUUUGUGUAACAGUACAGCGCGCGGAGUGUUCAUCUGCUUUACUCUCCUUCCUACUUAGACGUAGGACUGACAACUAAGUUGGCGUGGUUAAAAUUUGUUCAGUUUUGUGUUUUAUAUGUUUUGUUAUAAUAUUUUAAAAAAAAAAAUUCAAUCUUCAAUUGAAACUAGUCAUUUUAAUUUAAUGUGGCUUAUUACGAAUACUCAAAUACUUCUCGGUUCACAUAGUCAUAUUGUAUUAUUUUUGUUUCACUUAUACUCAGAUAUUUUAUUAUUGAUAUAAAUUUGAUUUUUUUCGUCCUUUUUACGUUGAGGUCUAUUGCAAUUUUUGCAAUUUGAUGUUCUUAUUUUGAUAUAUGAAUUUGUUUGAAACAUUUUUAAAACUUUGAUUUUUUUGAAAAUUUUGAUAGUUUUGAAAAUUAUUGGGAAAUACUCAGCCAUAAAUAAUCAUUUAUGUACAUUUGCAAAAUUCCAUGGUCAUAGUGAAUAUGAUUCUGAAUAUAAUGAUAUUUAUUUCUGUUCGUGUAGGAAUUUAUGUAUAGAUAUUUUCUUUCGUGUCAAAACUUGCAUGUUUUUAAUCCGUUUACCUGCUUUGUUUCAUGUGGGCAAGGUUAGAAGUAAUCAAUGCCUUGAGAAUAAGUGCGAAAAGUUACUUAACAGCGACUUCCGUAUAAAAAUAAGUGGCUUACAUUAGCAAAAAUACACUUAUUUAACAUCAAUACUAAGGAGGGAAAAGGAUUGAAAAUAUGAAAAAAAAAUUGUGUAGAUAUCGUAUUAUUAGAAACACUUAUAGCGCUGGGGCGAAAAUGAUGUUUAAAAUAUGUAAAAAGGUUCGAAGUGAUUUUGUUUUUUGCUUAAAACGGUUAAAUAUGAUAAAAAAAGUUUGUUGGAUUGUUUACUUGAGAUUUUUAUGGAAUAACUGCAAUAUUGAUUUAUUUAAUCGUUAUGAGAUGCUAACUUUUCAGCACCAUAUUUUCUUUUAUGUACAAUUUUUAAAGUUGUCCAACAGUUUUUUUUUUAAAUUUUAUAGCCAAGCGUUGUGGGCAUGUACUUAAAAUUAAAAAUUUCAAUGUUGUAUAACUUGUUUUUAAUCUUUUUUAAACUUGAACAAUAUCAGAGUAAAGAUUGUUGGCCGGUUUUUUUUUUUAAAUUUUAUCAGCUUCACAUCUAUACUAUGGGUAGUGCCCAAUUGUUAGGAAAAAGUUAAGAAACAUGUAUCCACAGUGGUUUGAAUUAAAACCGACGUUAAAAUAAAAGUCCGACACAUCGAAAAACUGAUAACUGCUACAUGCAAGUUAUUUAAAUAAAAAAAAACUGGCUCUAAGAGUUUUUUACUGUUUUUGGAUAAUGACCCAGCAUUAUUUAUAAUUUGUACAUAGGUAGGUACUUCAAGUUUAUAAGUAGGUUUGCGUACGUAUUCACAACUAAUGUAUAUAAGAAUAAUAUUAUGUACACUUCCUAUGCUUAAAUAGAUUUUUUCAGUUUUAUUUUUUUCACUACUUGCGAAAAUAUCGAAUCAUCAUUCGAUUUACUACAAAACAAUUUAAAUACCUAUAAUAAAAUAUUAUAUUCUCUAUGGGAUAAUCAGAAUUUAAUUUUUGUUUUAAAUUGAACUCAACCACCUAAAUACCAACUGUUGCAUUUCGAUAAUUUUUAUUUUUUAUCCUAAUAACCGAACCCGGGGAGAAUUGCCCGUGCUUUGCUUUGUUUGAAUAAAAAUUAUAUAAUAUGUAAACAAUAACUCCCUGCAAAAUCUACACUUAGUACUUAGUAUUUGGUACUUAAUAAAAAAUUAAAUAUCCAAUUAACAUUAAUAAUAUAUUUAUUAUGAUGAUAACAUUCUGUUAUAGUGUGGGACGCGUCGGCCAAACAAGCAGUGGGUUUAUUGUCCGGAAACAGAUAUCAGCUAGGAGACUUUGACGAGUGCCUACAGGUAUCCAAACCGUUCAACGCACAGUAUUGUCUCGUCGACAUCAAACUCAAUGUACCGUCUGAAUUUUCCCACACGGAUCCGUUCGCUAGAGUGUAUGACCCGUUAUUGUCGGCUUGGAACAAAAUUUUUGUGAGUGUAACUUUAUAAUUUAUACAAAUACAAAACGUAUAAUUCAAAACUAAAGUCUAUUAAAAUAAAAAACUGAUUUACCAGAGGUGGGCGUGCUACAGGUGGGAAUCAAGAAUACAUGAAUCAGUGCUCACGAAAUACGAUUCUGAGCGAAAUUCGGUAAACAUGUUUUUAAAAUACCGCGGUUUAUGUUAAAAUUUUAACAUUGAACACGUAUCAAAUAUUACUAAAUUACGCUCAAUUAUUUUUUUAACUUAUAUUACUACAAUUUAUGAUAAACCAACAAAAAUAUUCAAUUAUUUCUGUUCAACCAAAAAAAUUGUAUUUACAUAAAACAGAGAACCUAAAUAUACUAGACAAUUUUAAAUGCUUUUAAAUAACUAUAAAAAAUUAUUUAUUUACUUUAUUUGUACCUAGUUUUCAUUUUUCAUUUAAUUUUUAAUGAAAAAUAGUUUUUAUCCAAAUAAUCACAUUAAAAACAAAGGGACAUACUUCGCAUGGGUGGGUCACUAUUGUAGGUGAAAAGUUGGGAAAUUUGUAUUAAAAUCCAUUUUCUUAUUAAAAUAAAUUAUUUCUAUAUUCUAUAUGUAAAACGACCAAUUUGUAUAAUUUUUUUUUUUUCUAUGUCUUCAUUUAAUUUUUAUAUUCAGUCGCGUGUUACAUUUUGACUGCGAUAUACCUUAUGAUGAAUUUUUAAUUCGGAACACUUUUUACACUCCAGACGACGCAUUGAUUCAUUUAUUUAUUUUAUUUUUAUGUAUACAUUUUUUAUUUAUAUAUUUAUUAACAAGUAUUAACAAUUUUAAUAAAUUUGUUUUUACUUUAAUAUUUUAUUAUAAAAUUAAUCUGUUUUAUACUAGACAUGAAUAAUACUCAUUAGUAAAUUAGUAAAAAAAUAUUUGUUACUAAUGUAAUAGAAAUCUUACGAACACUAGUAAAAUUAGUUUUACUAGUAAACUUUAUGGUUUUUAAAUAUUUUGAGGUGUUUUGAGACUAGUACAUAUUAUACAAUAUGUUUAAAUACUUAUAACGUAAUAACGAUAAUGUAAUUAGUAACCAUAAUAAUAUGCUCGUAGCUAUAUCUUUGUAGUGUACUACAGUAAAAUAAAUAUAACUUGUUUGCCGAAAUACAAUAUUAAAAUCCUUGUACUGCACCCUAUAUGUAUCUAAUACCUAUAGUUAAUGCAAAGAAAGUAUUGUUAGUAAGUUGUUGCUCACCUUAAUAUAAUAUCGUCCUCGAUUACUCUUAGUCAGAGUUGCAUAUUUUUAUUACAUUAUUUAUAUAUAUAAAAAAAAAAACCGUAAGUUUACAAACCAUUAAUCAGACAAAUAAUUACUUACUAUUAUUGUAACAAAGUAGAUAAUGGUUUUACUGGGUUUUUUUUUUUUUUUUUGUGAACUGCUCUGAUCAUCAAGUGUAACAUUUUUUCUGGAAUUCAAUUUUGUCUAAUUGAUUGGGGAAGUAAAAGAAUCAUUUUUUGAUUAUUCUUGUAAUUUUUUAAAUAACUAAGUAAUAAAUAUUGGCGAAACAAGAAAAUGAACGAUACAAAAAGUAGUAGUACCUAAAAUGCAUACAGUUACAUUACUCACUUGGUAGUCUGUGCACCACCUUCGUGAUGAGGCUUUUAUGGUAUGUAACCUCCGAUAGAACAUUGAAGUGAUAUUAUUAACGGUUUUGAUUCUGAGGUUUUUGUUAAGUAUAGAUAGAAUAUAGAUUAUUAGAAAUAGUACCGAGGGGCUUUUACAACCAUUCGAUGGAAAUAAGCUUGGACUACCUUAAUAGUUUUUAUUAAUAAAAAACUUACUUCACUGUCGAUAAAUAAAUUUAAUAAUAUGACCAAUUAUUAAAAAUUAUUUCAAUUAAUGAGAAAUUAGAAUUAUAUAAUACUGUUUGAACAAUCUUACAUUCGGUAUAUCUAUAAUUAAAGUUUAUACUUGUACCUAGUAUGUAAGAUAAUUUUGAUUUCCUAAAUAAAAUUGUCUUUUUAAGUUCUAUAAUCAUUUAGUUAUUUUAUUACGAAAACGUUCAUCACCUUGAUUUGAAGGUACCUACUGUAGUUAACGAUGAGACGUUUUUUUAUCUGUACCCGUACAAAUUGUAAACUCAAUCGAUAUACUGAAAUAUACUUUAAACAUACGAAUUUCAAAAAAAGUUAAUACUUUCCGAGAUUAUGAGCGUACCUUCUUAAUAAGUUGAAUGCCGUAGUUAUUUAAUAGAAUUCAACAAAUCCCCCCCCCCUUAAAAAAAAAAUAUAUGUAUAUAAAAAUUAUUUUGGAUGUGUAUAAAUCGAAAAGUUUUUGCCACAUACAUUUUGAAUCACUUUGUAUAUGUUUGUAUAAUAUUACAAUAUUCAAGUACUCGGUAUUCAUAAAAUCGUUUUACUAAUAUAUUCCAUAAAAUGUUACAAUCUUUGAAAUACUUAUGUGUAAAAUUGUCAAUUAAAAUUUAAAUGUUAACCUUCGUUGUUAUUUUAUUACAUACCAGUACGGCGGAGCAAGGUUCAAACAGCGUUUGGAUAUGAUAAAAUGGGCUUUGUGCGUGCCCGCGUCAUGUUCAGCGUCGGAUGUGCAGACAUAUCUCAGAUCGUACGCGAAUGAAAACGCGCUGAACGUAAUCGAAAAUCUAUCAGUGGCCGAAAAUAUGUGUACACAGGCACAUCGUCCCGGAGAUGAAUACUCGGUUUACGAUAUCGCAUUUGUGUAAGUUCCAAUAAUAAUAUUGUCCUUCGAUUUUCAUCGAAUGUUUCUAUAUACAUAAUAAUGUAAAUAGAUUUUAAAUAAAGAAAAACUUAGGUUCUAUUAUUGAGGGCAGUGGAGUGGAGUGGCGUGGGUAUUAAAAGGAUGUAAGCAGCGAUAUUUUUUUCAAAAGUCACUAGAAUACUAAUUGUAAAAAAUAAACAAAAUUCGUCCUUUUUAUCAUUUUUAAUAAAUAUAACAACAUAAGACAAUUUGUAAUACACGUUAAAGAUAUAAUAUAUAUUUAAUUAAACCUAAGUUUUUAUAUAUAGUGAAAUUCGAUUUAAUAAUAUUUCAUUUAAAAUUUAAAUCUUUUUGUCUGGGCGUUUUUGAAUUUCGGUCAGUAAUUUUUUUUUACAAAUGAUAAAAUCGACAACGCUGAAAGUCUAUUUUGUAAUUUAGUUCGUUGUGAAUAUUUCUUUUAUAAAAUUCGGUUGAUGAAUAUACAAUUGUUAGUUCACUUAUUAGUAAAAAUUAAAAUGUUCAAUAUUUCAACGAGUUUAUAGAACUUGUUGGAAACUGAUUUUCAAACUGCUUCAAUUUUGAAAAUCUAAUAAUAGAAAGAAUUUUAAGUUGGACAUUUCGGAAAAUCUUUCAUUAUUAGUCGUAUCAUCUGAUAUCUGAUGAGAUCAGUACAUCAAUGAUUUCAUAAAAUAGCGUUCUUGGUUUCUUUGACUUCAGAAACUUCAUUUAUUUUUUGUCUUUUUGAUCUUAAUGGUAUUUCGGUAUUUAAAUACUGUUCAGACUUGGACCAAAUUUGAUUAAAAUUAUUCCUCAUAUUUUUCAAUAAAAUUUAAAAUUUUUGUAUUACAGUAAAUCACAUUAAUUAUUUUUAUUUGCAUUAUAUUAAAAAAAAAAAAAAAAUGUUGCCUGAGGUAAAAUAUUAAAAAGUCGAAAGAUAUCCACUUAGUUUAAGAUCAAGUGUUUCCAUCAAAUUUAACAACUCGACGUAAUUACCCCGAUUUGUGAAAGUUAUUUGAUCUAAGUGUCCACGAAACGAAAGUUCGUGUUUGACCAAAUAACAUGUUGCAUCAAUUAACCUACUUACAAACAUAACGAUUAUUUGUUAUUGAUUCAUUAUGUUUUUCGAUAUUUUUUUUAUAAGUUUCACUAAGACAUGUUUCAAUUCUAACAUUACCAAAUUUCUUUGAUAAUUAUUUAAAUCAUCACAACCAAAUUUUGACUAAACAUUUGACUCACGUGAAAAUAAAAGACAAGGCCAACAGUGGACGAAUUGAAAUAUCGAAAUAUUUUUUUGCUUUUAGAUUUUGAAUUUUGAACUUUUUGAGUAGGCCUUUCUUUAUUUAUAAUAUUUUGUUUUACAGAAAAUGAGUUAGAUCCAAAAGAUUUUUGUAACAACAGUUCAAUAACACAUUGACAAUAGUUAUUAUCGUUUAAUUGUAAAUCUGAAGUACUUACUAACGAAUCCAUGUUACAAAUUUAAGAACAUGGGGAACCGAUGUGGUGAUGAGACAACAAUAUUAUAUAUUAUAUACAAACGUUGAAAAAAGAACUAAAUUAUAAAUUGUAUUGAUUGUUGUACCGUUGCGUCGGUGCUGGUCGCUACUCGCGUAAGCAAAAUCAAACGUGCUUACAAACGCUAGCUUAAUACGUGUCCCUCUUCAUGACACUAGCCCAUGCAGAAACAAUGGCUGCACGUAAGCGAUUUCAGAACGUGUUACACGUGAUGUAGGUACGAUAAGCCGACAACACAAUAAAUCAAAAAUAUACUGUCACUUCGUGGAAAAUAAAAGUAGGUAGGUUGGUGAUCGGCGGGUAACGUGGUGACUAUAACGAAAACCUCUAAGACUUCUAAUAUAUUUGAAUGAAUAAAAAUAUAAUUUUGCAAAUCAUUUAUAAUGUACCCUAUAUUUAAUCUUGAAAGAUCAAUUUUCUUUUUUACUUUUUGACUUUUAAGUGUAAGCUGUGCGUACAGUGUUUACAUGCACGCAGCGCCACUGGUUGUGGGUUCCGUACACUACUAAUAAUCAUUAAUUAUUAUUGCUCACACCGUCGUCAUUGUCCUUCGACUUUUGCAUUAAUUCACUGAAAAGCAAAACAUUUCAUAAAUCGUAGUGGUAAUAUCUCCUCGAGAGUUGUAUUUUGAUCGCUAAGAAAAUAGAAAUAUCCCACUUAUGGUUUGAACUUUAAAAUACGUGAUUAAUACUAAAUGAAGCAGAAAAUGAUACGUCAAUAAAAUAUGUUCUGUAGUAUUAUAAGAAAAUUGACAAAAUAUUCCGAAUGAUAUUAAAACCUUGAUUUAAGUAAGUUAUUAUUGGUUUGGUGUGUGGUAAUUUAAUCAAUUUACAUCAAAAUUUACCUAAAAUAUAUAAAAUACUUGAUGAUGCUGAUAAACGUGCCACUAUUAUUGGCAAAAAAUUAUGAAAGAUGGAUACAUAAAUAUAUCUCGUUUAUAUUUCUAUGUAAUUUCAAUGCUAACGAAAUACCAUUCUGUGCGAAGUCCAGUUAAAUAUGUUUUGAAAUACCGUGAUUUUUACGAUUUUGGUCAACAUUUGAACUCUCUCUCUAUAGUUUCAAUCCGCAAAUUGGUUUGCAGCCAUCUUCCAUUCUUCUCUAUUAUCCGCUUUCCUUUUCAUUUCUACGUAUGAGUUGCAUCCUUGGUCUUUAAUUAUUUGUUGAAUAUAUUCUAGUCUUGGUCUUCCCGUCUAUGCAUCCUUCUAUGAUCAAUUUUAGUAGUCCCUCGUGUCGCAUUAUAUGGCCUAUCCAUUCGUUUCGUCUUUUAACUAUAUUUUUCCAUAUUAAUUUUUUUUUUGAUAUCCUCUCUAGCACCUUUUUAUUUGUUACUCUGUCCAUCCAGCUUAUUCUCAACAUUAUUCUGUAGCACCAAAUUUCAAACGAUUCUAGCCUUUUUUGGUUUUCCGUUGUUAUUGUCCAGGUUUCACACCCAUAGAGGGCUAUACUCCAUAUAUAUGUCUUCAAUAGAUUUUUCCUUAUUUUUAGGCUAAUGUUUCUUUAACAUUUAAACAUUAAGCCGUAUAAAAUACGACUAAUUACUCAUAAAAAUUUUUUUCGAUCGCUGUAUAUUUUAUGAUGAUUAGUAAAAUUUACACAUAUUUCUGUUCGGUUCAAACAAUUUUAUCUGCAUAAAAACUAAAACCAGUAGAAUAUUUUUAAAAUUGCAUGUCCCUAUGAUUAUUUCUAAUCAAGUUGCGACAGCAAAUAAACAAAAAAUAGUUUACUAAUUUAAUAGUAAACUUUUCUAAUUUUAAUUCAUUAUUAAGAAAACUCUAAAAUUCUUAUUCAACAAAAAGACAACAUUUUCUUUCAGAGAAGAUGCUCUUGAAAUUCAACAAGAUUUUUGGUAAAAUUAUAAAUAAUAAAAGUGCCGUAUUGUUCGAAAUUUGUCACUUUUACCUUUACGGAUGUUCCAGUUACUAUAAAAACUACUUAAAAAAUUAAAAAGCCCAAUACACUAACUAGAUCCACAAUCUAGUUAGCCAACGAAUUCACUGAAAAAGUUUAACCAUAAUUGUUUAAUAGGAGCAAGAUUUCUGGUAGAAAAUUUGUUUAAAGAUAGAACAAAAAAUCACAUACAUAAUAAAACCAAUGCAUUCCACGCUUCGCUCAGAAUUGAAAAAAAAGAAAUACAAUAUCCAACGACAUUGUUAGAAAGUAUUUGUAAUGUGUGCCAUCACAGUUUAUAGAAAAUACGAUUCGCAAUUUAUAUCAAAAUUAAAAUUGAUCAUGAUAAAAACAAUACGAUAUAGUAUUUGGAGUUACCUAAAUGAGAAGUUGACACGUACACAUACAUGAAAAAUACUCGUCCGUAAAGCUACAGUGCAAUUUUAUUCAUACUCGACCAACAACGGGUAAUGAAACGUUUUCUAAAUUUCCAUUUGUACGUGUUAACUUCCAUUACUAAUAAUCGUAAAGUUUUCACUUGUGCAAAUAUGUUUGUAGAAUAUUUUCUGUUUGCAUACUGCCAACGAAAUAUUAUAUUUGUACUUUUUGUCUUAUUUGUUCUAUUCCACGGCGUUUUACUAUAGAAAAUCGACGAUACAUACAUAGUUAUUUUGGUGCCUACGUAAAUUACAUAAUAUCUUUUUUUUUUUUUUUUUUUUUUUUUUUAAUUUAAUAGGAAAGGCUANUAAAUUACAUAAUAUCUUUUUUUUUUUUUUUUUUCUUUUUUUUAAUUUAAUAGGAAAGGCUAAGCGUCUAACAUACUAUGGUUACUAGCUUAUAUAAUUUACAUAUGAGUUUACAAUGUUUGGGUUAAGGCUACACUACUUACAGAAUUUGACAAGUUAUUUAUAUAAUGUUUAUUUCAAUAAGAAUUUCCAUAAUUUUAACGCUGUUGUCUUUAUUGAGAGCUCUUAUGAAUUAGUGUGCAUAGAUAGUCUGAGCAUUCUUAAUUAAGUAUCGCAUUAGUAUACGAAAUUCCGAUUGUCGAGAUAAUAAACCAGAAUUAUCGUUUUAGAUUGUUUUGGUAAUAUAGUUGAUGAUAAACAUUUACGUAAAAAAUAUUAUUUGUUUUAUUAAAAUACACCUGACUAGUAUUGUUGGUUAAAUUUUACCACAGUCAAAUUGUGAUUUGUUUGUUAAGAUAAUAAUUUCAUCGGUUUUAAAGGAAUGUUAUUUUAAAAGAAAAAUGUCUCUAUAUUAUUUUUUUCAAUAUAUAUAUAUGUAUAGUAUAUAGAGUCGGAAGUUUAAACCUGAAACAUGAUAUUAUUUUGACAAGUCCAAUAACCUAGAAACAUAGACCUUCCUCGAAACUAGUUACUUAUAUUUAUUUAUGUAACUACUCGUAUAGACUGUAAUAAUAUUAUCUACCGUAUAUAUUCGAUUUUUUUUAAAACAGGCAUAGUAUUAUUUUAUCGAAGUUAUAAAUCAUUUUCUAAGUACUCAUCAAUUUGCUUACCUAAACCUAGUUCUAUUUUUUUUUUUUUGGUAGUUUAAAAUUAAAUUAAAUUUAUUAACGCUUAUGCGCUUAGCAUCUCUUAUUAAAUAAAAUUAAAAAAAAAAAAAAAAAAUUUAGUAUUAUAUAAAAAAAAUAUGUACUAUACAUGUAAAAUACUACAUUUUAAUUGAAUACUAUAAUUUUCAUUAAAUCUUCGUGAAAACCCACAUAUAUUUCAGCGAAAACUAUUUACGAUAUCUUCAUAGUUAUUAACUUGAAGUCUCCUACAUGAUAAUAUAUUAUUAUGAUAUAGUAAAAUAAAGUACCUAUACAAUAUCGUGAUACUUAACAAAAUAAUGUAUUAAAACACAUCUGUCCAUACAUCUUUAGGAACCACUUUAUGUAAAGCUGUAAAAAAUAAAUGGUAUACGCUGUAUUAUAUUAAACGAAAUCAAAACUAUAAUUUCUGUAACGAUGUGUUCUCGUCGAAGGUGACAAAUAAAUGACAAAUAGAUAAUAGUCGUUCCUGGAUUUCCUUGGUUUGUGAUUGUAUGUGACUAGAAGACCUAAAUAUAAUCACUGACGGCCAAAUGACGAUUAUAAAUUUUUUUUUUUUUACUAAAUUUUAUUAAUUUUAAAAAUGUAUUUACCGAGGUUUAAAUACUAUAAUUAUUAUUUAUUAUGUUUUUAUGAAAAUUCCGAAUAAUAGUAUUUCGACAAUUUUAAAUUAAUAUUAAUUAAUAACAUAUUUGUAUAUUGGAAUAGUAAAUUAAAAAUGCAUCAUGCAAUACAAAAAUUAAUUAGUUAAACGUUCUUCGACCAAAAAGUUAUGUAAAUCGAACCCUACAAAACACUUAGACACAUUUACAUUUGUAUUAUCAAAUAAAAUAAAAUUGUUUUAUACAUAAAAUACAUUGAAGUAUUAUGCAUAGAUAUUUUUUUUAGUUGAUUUACAUAGAACUGAAAAUCAAUUGCAAGAUAAGUUUCACUUCAAUUAUUCUACACAUAAUUUCUAUUAAGGUUUUAAAUGAACUAUUAAAUUCGUGAAUUAUGUGUUUGUCUUCUCAAUAUAUUAUUAGAAAAAAAUUGAGGUUUAUUUUUUACUUUCUUUUAAUAUUUUGUUUCAAUUGUAACAUUACGCAUGUGCAUUAAAAUAUAUACAUAAGUGUAGUUAUAAUAUCAUGCGGAAAACAAAUAUCAUUUAUGAAACAACCAACACGAUAAAUUCAAAUAAUACUCAAAAGCCUAUAAAUUAUGACGAUUUUACUGAAAUAAACAUUGUAAAUAACUUCAUAAAAUUCUGUAAACAACACAAGACCUUAAGGCCCUUAAGUUUUCUUCUUUUUACAAGUGUUUACUAUUGAAAAUUCACUUGUAUAUUGUAAAGGUUUAUAACUAUAGAUUUUGGGACUUGUACUUUUAAUUUCCAGUGUACAUGACUGGAAAUCAAAUAUUUGGUACAUAGACUAGUAGCAGUUUGUUGUUUAAAUUCACUUUAAAUAAUAAUAAUGAUCUUAACAAACUAAGUUGUUUUCUGAAUUGAACAUUUCAAAAAGAUGUUGAAAAAGAGAAACUUUUUUGAAAUUGCGACGGUGUUUCAAAGAAUGACAUAAUAGGAUAACGCAGCUAUCUUAAACUUUAAGUUAAAGUUCAAUGUUUUAAACUGGCCAGCAGUUAUAAAUACUAUUCAUGUUGUCACACUAAAUAGAGCGCGUGAAUUUUGCUAACCAAGAAACAGUUAAAAUAGAUUAAUUUCGUUAUUAUAAAACCAUUUUAAACAUAUUUUUCAUAAUUAUUAUUAUGUUUUGAUAACUCAAAAAGUAAUAUUAAUUAAUAGACUACAAAUUUGUCUAGGAUUUAAAAUUUGUAAAAAUUGUAUUGAUCUCUACAAAAAAUGUUUGAUCAAUUUUUAAAAACAUAAAUAUUAGGUGUGGACACUAAAAAAUACUUACAUAUUUCGCACCAUGGGGGUCACUGUUGUAAGUCAGAAGUUGGGAAGGUAAAAUAUAGAAGAGAAUUUAAUUUUUAUCUGUACACAAUGAUAAACCAUUGCUAAUGAAAAACAAUUUACAGCAAAAUCUGCUUUUACAUAUUUUGAAAGGCCGUGACAUUUAAUUUUUUUUUUUUUUGGUUUUCCUAUUAUGAAAACCGUUAGGAAAAUCAAAAAUGAUAUUGAGGUACCAACUAAAACUUAUUAGAUCAAAUUCCUUUUUAGUAAAGGUUCUUGAUACAUCGGAGCAAGAUUUCUGAUAACAAUUUUGUGAAGUUAAAAUUAAAUUUGAAAAAAAAAAAAUGAAUAUUAUUAUGAAACUAAUACAUCCUCGCUUAGCUCCGAAUCUAAAUUUUUUCUUCAUUUUUAUGUUACAAAAUUCUGUUCUAUGUAACAAAUCAUAGAUUGGAAUGUGCGAGUCACAUUACCUUUUAUAAGUAUAUAUAGAGUUGCCACCUUUGAAAAAUGGUAGACUUGGAGACAGGCUGAUAAGCUAAAACAAAAGAAAGAGAUUGUAAUUGAACUCUUUUUUCCAACUGCAAAGUUCCCAUGCUAAAAAUUUAAGAGCCUUGAUGCGAACGAUUAUAUUUUAUUAAUAUUAAAACUGACUUCGAAAAUAAAAAAUACAAUACAAAAUAUUCAAUUGUAAGAAAAAAAAUUAUUUUUAUCAAAAUUUUCAAUAGGUAGGUACGAUAAAUGAUAAUAGGAAACAUUUUUUCUUCUUAUCCAUUUUCGGUAAGUAUUACCGAGAUAUCAAGAUGGGCGUAUUAAAUUUUCGGCAUUUUAUUAUCGCUAUCGAUAGUUUUAAUGAAAAUAUUUGUUAGACUAACGAAUAUCUAUGAUAAAGAAUCGCUUUUAUAGAUAAUAUUUAAUAAGAACACUUUCGAUGGCUUAACGAACCGAAAUUUGUCGUUAAGAUACCUUAUCGAGUUACAGAAUACCGUUACAGUGUCUAAUACGCCUAUGUAAGUUAAUGUACAAUUAUAAUAUGAAUAGUGCUAAUUUUACGACACCCCGGACAAUAAUUCACUAAAACCUUAGCCCGUAGAUUUAUAUGUAAAACCGGAGUAUCUAAGUGAACCUCGGAGCGGUAGCAACCCUAACUACCUAGGUAGGUAUCAACUAUAUAGUCUAUAGCAGUGUUUCUUAACCUAGGGGUUGCCAAUUAAUUAAUUAUUUAGGGUUGCUAAAAAUUUAAAAAAUUAGGUCACCAAGUAUCAAAUAUAUAUUAAAGCAGUGGUGAGCACUUUUUUAAUGGGAGGCCACAAAGUUUAAGAAAUUUUAGAGGAGUGCCAUUAUUAUAGAAAAAAUGCAUUUUGUAUUAAAUCUUUGAAUCAUAAUAUUAUAAAAACAUUACAGCAUUAUACAGAAAUGUUACAAAUUACCUUUUACCUUAAAUAAUAAUAAAUUUAACUUUUAUUUGGAGGCCCAACCAUGGUAGGCGUUUUAUACAUAUGGAAUUGUUUGAAGAUUAAUAAUUGAGCAGUGUCACUUCUAUCCGUACUUUUAUCCAUCGUCACGGAAAAAUAUUUAAAGUUUUCUAUACUCUGCCUAAAUUGAGUCCACAAGUUUGAUGCAAUAGCAUCAAUUCGCGUUGUUACUGUUUUUCGCGAUAAACUGACAGACUCAAACUCUAAUUUUUUCUGGACAUAAAAUUUUACUCAUACUCACCAUACAAUCUUUUACAAAUUCUCCUUCCGAGUAAGGUUUGUUAUUUUUAGCUAUUUUAUAAGCCACAACAUAUCCAGCCAGUGUAGAAGCCUUAUGAGCAGUGUUUUGCUUUAUAAACACAUUCCGUUGAGUAGAUAUUGGUUUUUUUAGGUUUUCCGCAUUUACCUUUUUUUUUUUGCGUCAUUCAUCAAAGCAUAUUUGGUUUUUGAAUGUUUGGUGUUGAAAUGACGAGCAUGGUUAAAAUCCUUAAAUACCACCACUGCUUCAUUAUAAAUAAGACAUACUGGCUUACAGUUGUAUUCCGUAAAAAAGUAUUUCCAAGCCCACUCUUCUUUAAACAGACGACACUGGGAAUCGACUUUUGUUUUUUAUACGCCAUUAUCCCAAAAGCACAGAUUUUCUUUUAAACGAUUAUGAAUAUAAAGCGUGUUAUGCAAACAAGCAAGAACAAGAGACAAAAUUAUCGUAAAACGUACAGCUCGAUCUGUGACAGCAUAGUGACUGAGUUCACUAUUCGUACUAUACGUAAAUAGAAUAACACAAGGAAUAACAAUUAGGUAUGAGGACAGUGCAAAGACUGAUAGCAUUACACAAUUAUUAUACGAAAACUACGAUAUGGACGCACCAAACCGAGAUCCGGAAAAUAUAUUAAUACGAACAAAAAUAGAAAUUGUAUACCAUCGUACCUACUAUCUACAUACACCACGCUGUGAGAGUACGACCGGGUUACCGUGAGAGUAAUUAUGACGGGCCAUAUACUAUCCAUGUCGAUGGACCCUCGGCGGGCCGGAUUAAAUACUUUCGCGGGCCGUACUUUACCAACCACUAUAUUAAAGGGUAGCUAAAAAAUUAAAUAUUAAUUUAGAGAGUCGCAGUAAAAAGAUUAAGAAACACUGGUGAAUGAUCUAUAGGCAAGGCCAUAUCCAGAAAAUUGUUCUGUAGUAGGUCUAAAACAUGUAUAAUGUACCUAACUUUAGCCAAUAUUAAAUUUAAGUUUUAAUAUUUGGAUAAAAAUCAGACAAAACAAAAUGUGUUCUUCUUUUUAUAAAAUAUAUAAUUAUAUAAAGAAAAUUACCUUGACAUCUUGUAACCUUGUAUAAUUAAUAAUUUACUUUAAGUGCACUUUAUUGUUUAAACUAGUACAUUACAAAACAUAAAAAAUAAAAUACAGUAAUAAAAAUAAGCCACACUCAAAUACAAUUUAUUUUAAACUAAUAAUACUUUUUUUUUUGACGAGCGAACUGGUUUAAAGUUUCAUCAUUGUAUGAAUUAUAAGCGCGAUUUAUAAAUGACUGUCUGGCGGACAACGUAUUUUAUAUUAUUAAUUUACGUACAUAAAUUUAAUUUUACUUAUAAUCCUAACCCAACUUUAUAGUAAUGGCCGUUUAUCAAUAAAAAUCUGUUGGAAGAUAUAAACAUUUUGUUGUAUACAUAAAACAAUAAAUAAUCAAUUGGAAUUUUUACUAUUUUUAACUAAAAAUAUUUAUAUGUUGGUAUGCAAAUAAUUUAGACAUUUUUAAAAUAUUAAAGAAGUUAGUCUAUACCUCCUGGAUCCUGGACCCCGUAGCAUUUAAAUUAUCAGGUUUAUUAUUAUCAUCACGGAAAUAUUAAUUAUGAUUUUUUGUGUUAUCGUUAUGUACUCAUAUACCUAUAGGGAGUUUAUGUAGAAAGUGUAAUGACAUUUUAAUUUAAUUACUAUUAUUUAUUCAAAAUUAACAUUAAUAUUAAAUGAAGUAACACAACAAUAAUUUAUUAAUUACUUUCGCAGAUUGCUCAUUGCCGUUUUGUUAUCACUUGCCAUAAUCGCUACAGUUUUUGAUUAUGCUGUAUAUUCAAAACAAACUGCAUGGGAAUGGAAUCAAGGUAUUUUUUGUUUUUAUGAAAAUCUUUUUUUUAUUGUAUAAGAACAAUAAUAUAUAGUUUAAUAUGGUCCAAAAAGGGUACAAAAAAAUUAAAAUAUCUACCUCCUAUAAGCACAUGCUGGUGAUAGCAUAGAGUUAAAACAAACAAUUUACACAAAAAAUAUACAAUAUACGUUAAAAAACACUGGCAUAGAAAAUAUUUGUCAACUGCAUCAUACGAUGUAAGGGGUGGUUAUGACCAAAGUUCGUAAAAUGAGUUAGAACAAAAAAAGAGGCGUGGAAACGCAAGAAGUUUUUAACAAAAUUGCUUUGGGCAAUUGUAAACAAAAAAGAAAUCAAUAUUUUUUUUAACUUUAUUUCAUAAUACGAUUUAUUAUUAUCAGCAGAGUUUGAAAAAUUGCAUACUUUUUUUCUACUAGAAAUUUCUUCUGAAAUAUCUUGUUUGUUUUGUAAUCGUUUGUUUGGUCUACCAACUUUUCUGAAGUUCCAACAAGUUUUUUUUUUUUUUUUUUUAUCUUGGGUUUCCUUUAGGCGAUUUAAAAUUUCUGACGUAAUUAAAACAUAAUCAUACCUAGCACCUAACAGUAAUUAAUUUUGGAAUUAGUGUUUUCCUAGCUAUUCAAUGGUAGACAAUUUUGGUUUAUAUCGGAGGUUUCACAUCCCUAUUAUAGGGCAGCGCAUAAUAAUGAUUUAAGGAGAAUAAAACUUAUGUUCAUACAAAACAAAAAAAAAAUCUGGUUACUUUGCUUACUAAGUCCCACAACUACUUUUUUUUUUAUAAUUUAUAUCAAGCCAAUUAUAUCCGAUUUUGUUAACAUCUUACUUAAUAUAAAGAAUCGUGACUCAGAUCAACAUACAAUCUUCAAUAAACUUUACUUUGAAAAAGAAAAACAUUACAAUUAUUUUUAAAUUAUAAGUAGAGACCGGAUUUAUAUGUUCUUAGAAUCCACAAUAAAUCACUUAAAAAGUAUAUAAAAACGCAAAUAUAAUAGAGGGAUUUAAUUCUCCUUCCCCCUCUAAUGGAUUUAAUUUAUAAAUAUAUUUUUCUAACACCACAUGAAUGAUAAUGAAGUAUUUUUUUUUAUAUUAUGUACGAUUUUAUCUAAAAAAUAAAAUAAUUUUUGUUUUGGUAGGAAAUUUAAUUUAAAAACUUAGAGCCUUAAUAGGAGGACUUUAAAAACCCCCCUUUACCAUUAUUUUGUCACCUCUUCUAUUAAUCCAGUCCAAUGUCCAUAAUGUCAUUAUUAUUAUACCUAGUUGAAUAUUAAUAAUACAAAUAACAAACUUUAUAAAUUGUAUCUGUCUUAUCGUUUACCAAUAGAUCAUUUUCAGAUAUACCAUGAUUUGUAUGGUGUAUCACGGCCCGUAAUGGCUUUAGAGCCGGUCCAUGUUUAUUUGGCAUUUAGCCCAUGAGAACUCGGCAGUACGCCGUAAUCUGCUUUAAAAUCUAGGGCUUAACAAAUUUAUACUCCUUGUCCUCCUCCCAAAUGACUUCCCUGGUUUUUAUUGUAAAUGUUGAUUAGAGAAUUACUCCUAUGUCUCUUGGACCGUUACAAUUAGAAGUAAUUUUAGGUCUAUUUGUACAUUUAUUUACCAAUAAUUUUUUUAAAUUUCCAGAAUCGAAAUCGGUAGAUUUAAUAAUGUGCUUCUCUGGGAGACGAGCCAUGCAAAGUUUAAAACACAAGAGUUGUGUAGUCAGAGGACUGGAUCUUACACCUUUAUGCGGAACUACAACGAUAUCAAUGGUCUUAAUCAUUAUCGGUCACAGAUGGGGUUUUCGAUUACCGGGUCCUUUACAAAAUUACGAAGUCAACGAGCAAGUACGUGUUUUGUAAUCGUAUUUUUACAAUUUUAUAUUGAUUUAUAAUAUGUUACAAAAUAACAGCACUUAUAAUGUAUACAUUUUUUAUGCCACCAUUAACAGGUGUUUUAUGAUUAUUUUAUUUCAAUAUUUACAUCUCACAUGGACUUAUUAGUGGAUACGUUUUUCGCUGUAAGUGGUGCUCUAAUGAUUCUUAUCUUACUUGACCGUCUUGAAAAAUCGUUUAUUCAUCCAUUUAAAGUAUUAGUGUUCAAAUAUUUCAGGUGAGAUAUUUCUUAUAAAAUAACUGUCUAAAAUAUGCCCUUCUUAAUUUAAAUUAUUUGAUUUUCAGAUUAACCCCUGUAUACGCUGUGAUUAUAUUCUUUUUCGCCACGCUUCAAUAUAAAAUGGGAUCCGGUCCUUUGUGGGAAGCGUUUAUUGGAACGGAUAAAAAAAAUUGUCAACAAACGUGGUGGAUAAACUUGUUGUAUUUAAAUAAUUACGUUGAGACAGACAAAACGGUAACUAUACGACUACACAGUCGUGUCUAACAUUUAUCGAAAAUUCAUAAAGAUUGUCUACGAAGAAAUAUAAUUAACCGGCUUUUGAUUUUUAAAAUAGUAACACUAAGGUUCAAAGACAGAAUGUUGUAUACGCCUUAACGUUGUAUCAGACUUAUAGUGGGAUUAUAGCGUUUAUUAGUUCAGGGAUAAUCACCCUGUGGCACGCGUGUCUUUUAUGACAUAUUCUAUAUUAUUGAACGGCACACUUGCGCUGAAAAAAAAUGAUAUACUUCGUUUUAUACCGAAUACUUAGUCUUCAAUUAUUUCAACAUUUUAAAACGUAAAUUUAAAGAUUUGUUUGUCGACGAAAUUAUAGAAUUUUAAAAAUGUCCACCCAAGAUAGAUUUUAUAGAACUACAUAAUAUUCUGGUGUUAAAAAUGAUUUGUACAUUUGGUUUCACAUAUACAUAUUACGUCGGAAUUUUUUUUUUCGGAUGAGUUUUACUAAAAAUACUGACUCCUUAAUCGUUGUUUGAAUAUAAUUAAAGUUUUAAACUAAAUUGUAUGAACAUAUAAAUUGAAUAUUAUUUUAAUUUAAAUGAAAUGUUUUUUUUUUUUUAGUUUAGGUAUAUCAGAUGAAAAUUUACACACGAGAAUUUUUUUUAAAUCGUUAAAAAAUUACUCAACUAUCAAUAAUAAACAUCAGAUUGUGUCAAGAGUUAGUUUUAUUGUUAAGAUUAUAAGAAAGCUUCUGCAUUGGCGUAUCAGUUUUAGCUUUCUGAGAAUCGCUCAUAUCGUGUAAAAUAACAGCGAACAUUCAAAAACUGAAUAGUUGCAUCUUAACCAAAAAAAAAAAUAAUAAUAAUAUUCUUGUGCCACAGCGAAAUGAAGUUCAUGAAUGCUUUAGCUACUAACCUUUAUGUAUUGUACGAAAUUAAUCGUGUGAAACAGUUUUUCGUAUUUCGUAUUCGUAUCUUCUCUCUGUACUAUUGAUUUGGAUGUAGUAGUUAUGAUUAUAAUACAAUUUUAUACGCAAUUGUUAAUUAGUUAUAGUAUUACUUUUUUUAAACAAAUUUAAUUUAAUUUUUUUUUUUAUUUGGUACAAUAUAGAAAAAGGAUGACCACCUUUAGUUUAGUUUAAAGUCUUGACAACUGAUCGAUAGUUUAUAAUUGUAUACCUUUCUUCACGUCAAUCUAUACUUAAAAUUACUAUAACUUUAAUUCGGUUUUAACUUUGGUAAUUUUUCGUUUUUCAGUGUGGUUAUCAUACUUGGUUCAUGCCUUGUGAAUUUCAUUUCACGUUAAUUGGUAUUGGAUUGUCGUACGCACUGCAUAAAAAACCUAAAGUUGGGAUGUAUUUAACUUCCACCUUGAUGAUUAUUUCUAUUGCCAUACCAUUCGUACUUACGUAUAUCGGACAAAAACCGGCAAAUAUUCAAUUCAACAUGGAGUAAGUACCUAUUUACAUUUUUUACACAUGAAACCAAUAUAUAUUUUAUUUUUUUAUAUCGCCUGAUGUUUAUCCGGAUAUUUGUAAAUUCUAAGUAAUAGACAAUGAUAUAUAGAAUAUUUAAAUAUUGUAUCUUCAUUAUAUUUUAAAAACUAAUCUUAUAAUAUUAUACUGAGUGAGACUAUUUAUUUUUUUGCGUAAUUUAUUUUGGAUACCAAUAUAUCAUUUACUCAAAUAAAGUAAAAUAGUUUUUUUUUUUUUACUAAUUGCAUUAAAAACUAUAUCCUGUAUAAAUACCUAUGUGUUAAGUCGUGUCUCAGUUAAAAUCUACACCUUGGUAAAAAUAUUUGUUUAAACUAUUAAAAAUGUACUAGUUAUUCGAGAGUGAAUGGAACUCGGUAAAUUAAGAAUGUUCGCCGUGAAUUUCUAUAAAAAUCAUCGAUUUAAGUGAAGUUUAAACUUUUAAGUCGUGAGGUAGUAGAAGUCCGACAGAAUUUCUAGCUGAGAUAUGAACUCAACGCACUAAAAACCUUUAAAAAAUAGCAUAGUCCCUCCCAAAAAAUAGUUCACCACAAUAUACUAACGUCUUAGUAGAAUCAAAAUUUAAAAAAAUAACGAUAACACUAAAUUGUCAUAUUUUGGAAAUAUAUAACAAUCGCAUGUUUUAGUGAAUAUACGUAAACCAUGAAUAUUAUUAUUUUGUUUUCAUGUUUAUAUCACUUCGUUGACAGAAAUUAUGAAUUCUUUGUUCUAAAAAAAAAAAAAGGAUAAACACAUGAAAUAGACUUUUGGGUUACGAGCAUAGUCCGAAAAGGUGGGACUAGUAUUAUAAUGUAAUUUUCAAUACUAAAACGGGCUUAUUUUUUUUCUUAAAAUCACUUCCCUAACGUUUCGGUUGUUUAGUAUUUUGGAUACGUGCGAUAGAAGAGCUAUCGCUCAAAAAUUUCUAUAAAGUUUGAAUUUCUUCUUUUUAGAUAUAUUUAUUGUUUUACUUUUGAUGAACACCAUUAGAAGUACCCCGCUAACAUAUUUGUAGGGUUUGCAUUAUUUACUUAACGUAUUAUUUACUAUAUUUUUAAGCAUUUCUGUUAGACUUUCGUCAAUAUCUACUGGUUUUUUUUUUUUGUUAUGUUAUUUUUUUAGUUGAGCUUAAUAAAUUUACAUGUAUGUAAAUACAACAAGUAAAAAGACAAUGAUGGAGAAAAAAAUAAAAUAAUAGUAUGAAAAAAUAUAAUAUAGGACAUCCAUUGGAACUACCUUUUAGGAAUAAAGGAUAAAAAUGACAAAAAUGCAAUAAUACAAAGCAAAAAUGAAUAAUCCAGACAGUUUUUUUUCCUAAAUAUUUUUAAAAUUCCUUUAGAACUUAAGGUUUAUUUUCACGGCGAUAUUCAAUUUGAGGAGCAGUUAACCGCAUUGUAUUCUUCUUUUUACUAUAUUUUUUCAACCAAUAUCAUGUCGAUGAUUAAUAGUUUUAUCAAAGUUUGAGGCAGUUAAAAUGUUUCACCUAAGUAUGCAUCGUCGUUGACGAAAUGAAGGCGUGUACAGAUUUGGGAUGUUUAAGUGUUAUUAUUUUAUUUGAGCCCAAAACAAGUUAAUGACGGAAAAAGUUAACAAGAAAUAUUAUAAUUUAUCACUUUGACUCAAACUAGUAAUGAUAAAGAGGAGUUAGUAUUUGCGGUCAUCAUGAUUCGUAGGAGUGAGGAAUUAAAGUUGUAUGUAGUUAGAGAGAGACGGAAUAUUUAUAUAGGAUCAUGUUUUUUAUACAUAAAUAUAAGAAGUUAUUUAUUGUUUUGUUUAAGUUUUUAUUUAAAUUGUAGUAUUUUUUCGUCCUUAAAAUUGUAACUCAAUAGUUAUAUUUCCUAGGGAGUAAUAAUAAUUUAUUGAAUAAUAAAUAUUUUUUUUUUUUAAAUAAAAGACACCUUCGUGCAUUUCCACUACUAGACUAUCUCCGACUUGUAAGUUUAAUAAGAAUUUUUUCGGCAUUUUAAUCUUUUCGUUCAUAGCAUUUUGUAUAUUGGUUAGAAAAACAGACUUAUAGUUGAAAAAUUAAUAUAGUAGCCAACGCAGUGAUACUUUUCUAUUAAUUGCCACGUUUUUAGUCAGUAAUGGCGACGGCAACAAGUUUAAUAAAAAAUCAAAUUUUUUAAACGUCUUAAAUAGGGUUUUAUUUGAAAUUUUUAUAUUCUGCACUAGUCAUGACAGCUAUCUAGCGAAUCUUAACCACUUUAUUAUCUACCUAGCAGUUCUAGCUACUUUAAUUUACACAAAAAAGUAGGUAAUUCUACGAUGAUAAUAUUUGUUAAUUAUCAGUAAACUAUAGAUUUAAUUUCCAAUUGAUUUACGAAAAAAGAUGAAAAUGUAAAUAUUGGUAUGUUGUAUGUUGUAUUCAUUUAGAAUAUCGAAUAAUGAUUUUUUUUCACCCUUAUUAAUUUUUUAUUAUUUAUGUUACCAUCAUAUUUUAUUAGUUAAGGAUAGAUUAUGCGUAUUUAACGGUUAAAUAUUUUUUGUAUUUUCAGUUUCACUACAAAUCCGACAAAUGACGAUUACUUCAUGACGAUAUACAUCAAAUCGCAUGCCCGGGCUGGACCUUAUAUAGUUGGCGUUAUAUUUGGUUACUUGUUGUACAGAAGAAAGAACAGUACCAGUAAAUUAAACAUGGUAAAUAAUAUGGCAAUAAAUAUAAUAUAAAAUAACUAGAUAGCCGACUUUUCGAAAUUUAUACGGAACAAUAUUUUGGAGGGAAUGUCGUAGGGUUUUUGUAUUAUUCAAAAUAUACAGCUCGAUAUAAUAGAUAAAAACCUUUUUUUUAUUUUUUAAAUAACUGAAUAUUUUUUUAAUAGUUCAUAAUUCAAAAAACGCUUAUGACAUUCCAUUCAAAAUAUUGUUCCUUAUAAAUUUCAUAUUACGAUAUUUUUACUCUAAAUUUAAAAUAAAGUAGUUUUACUAGUUUUACUAAUUCAGCAUAAGCAUUAUUUUGAAAAAAAGAAAAAAAGUACUUAUGUAUGCCCGGUCACUGGAAAUUAUGAAUCCAAUGGUGUAUGUAACUAAGGUUUAAAUCCUAUUCAAAUUGAAUCUAUGUAGACCUACGUAUACCUACGCUGAUACAAGAGCAUUCAGAAUUUACAAUCUAUUAUAUAUUUUCGUUUACGCAAUUACGAGGCAAACAAAUUAAAAUUUAUUAAUAUUUAAAUACGAUAUUGUUUAUGUUCAACUUACGGUAACAGACGAACACUUGGAUUUUGUUGGCGAUUUCUGCACUAGUGUGUUCGACAACGUGGUUUAGCGGCGCGUUAAUUUAUCAUCCAUCUUACGUGUACGACCCCCUACAAGCGGCUCUCUAUGGAUCCACAAUUCGAAGUCUUUGGGCUGCAGGUCUGGUCAUCGGCCUAUAUGCACUUAUAGUUGGACCACCGAGUGAGUAGUUCAUGUUUGUUUUUAUAAUAUGGUCUCUAGAUUUAAUGAAUUACUUCAAAUUAAACAAAUAUUUCCGUCGGUAAUAACACUUUUUUUUUUGUGUAAAAGUAGUUGUUAUAGCUUAGGUCUUUGUAUUUCUUUUUUUUUUUAUUUGAACAACUUUUCAGCAAGAAAUCUUGCUCCGAUGAUUUACAAUGAUAGCGUUUUUUCUAAUAGGAAAUAUAUCUCGGGAAAUACUUUAGGGAGGUCAUUUUUUGAUGGGUGGGAACAAACUUAGGUACAUUUGGAAAAUUGGUACAGUAUUAAACAAAUAUUAUUAAAGAAAAUAUUUAAUGUAUAUGUAAUUAUUUUACUAUAAUAUGACAUAUUGUUGGCAAAGCAAUACUUUCAAUCGAACUCCGCUCAGAAUAGUUAUUUCACUAGCAAUAGUUAAUCGUUGCAUACAGAUAUACAUUCCCGUCUAUAUCCUACCUUCGUCGUAAAUAAUAGCCUUUUCAAGCUGGACAUUGUCUAUGCUUUUUUAUUACUCACUUAAGUCACAAAACAAAAAGAUAAUUUAAGUUAAUAAACAAAAUUGUACUCGUGAUAUUUGUUUAACACGUUGAAUGUCUCGUAGUAUACAACGACCGUUGACCGAGAAUCCGCGCGAAUUCGGUCCCGCAAUUACGUCGGUCGACCAAGUGUCGGCCCCCAAAGCAAUACCUACCUAUCGUUGUUUUUUCUACAUACCAAUUCAUUAAUAUUAUUUAGUAUUAAAAUUUCGAAUACAAUAUAUUAUUAAAUAAAGUACACUUUAAAUUCAACUCACAAUUACUUUUUUUAAUAAAAUAUUUUUCUAUACAAACGUAAAAAAUAAAAUACGUCGUAAAAAAAAAAAUCAUGAUGCCACUUGCAAUUGCUUAGUAUCUAAUUAAUUUUACGUUGUAAUAAUAAUUAAACGUAAUACAAUACGUUUAUCAUGUAAAAUAGUAAUACAAUACAAAUCUAAAUUAAAUAAUAUGAUACAAAAUGUAAUAUAUAUAAUAUCAUGUUACCUGUAUGACUUUGUUCAGGUGUACUAUCAGUACCUUGCCCAGAUAAAUAAGUAUAUUCAAUAUAAGUCCGUGAGUAAGUUUAAUAUAAGUUCGGUUAACAUAUAAAGUUUUAUUCCAUAUUUUUGGCGUUUAUUUUUAAUAUAUUGGCGGAAAACUAAUCGGCCAUGCCUAAGGACUGUUGACUCGUCCAAGGACAAUUGUUUGUUUGGAUGGUUAAUAUACUUCGAGCCUACGAUUGUUUAAAUACUCUACAUUGUAGAGUAUUUAUUACGACGACAGUCGUAAUCGUAUAACAUCGGUGGCAUACUUAUCUAAUAAAUGUUUUUUUUUUUUUUAAUUUUUAUCACAUAAUAUAUCAAUAUGGUUGUUGGCUAUUCGUGGAUGAAUAUUUUUCCUAGAAGCGCUUAAGGAUCAUCGAUUGCUUUUUACGUUUAUUAAUUUUAUUUAUAAAUAGGUACAACGGCACAAAAUAUAAUCUAUAACGGAUAUAUAUGUAUACUAACGUAUACGUGUACCUGUGCAGUACGCCGAUGUUGUAUUCAUGCUUUACAUUCAGUGUUCGGUGUGUUUAAUACGAAAAAUAAUUUAUUUGGGUUUACUUAAAAGCUAAAAAUCAGGGUGGCUCAUCAGGCCCACCCGCUGGACACGCCCCUACUCUACAACUUCGUCAAUUUUGUAUAAUCGACUAGGUUUAGAACCACCAGGUUCAGAGUUGCGACAAAAAUGUAACGCACGCAUUAUCAACAUGUACCUGUUUCUACUCAUAACGUCGCGAAAGCAAAUUUAAAUUAAAAAGUUUAUCAGUUUUCCAAUAAUCAGUCAUCCGAGGAAUUUUUAUCGUGCCUGUAUGAAAAAUUAAUCUGAAAAAAGCUUUUAAUUCGUUUUUGGUAAGUUCGGUCCAUUUUGAAAUUCGAGAUUUAUUACCGGACCUAGUCAAGUAUAACUCAGCUGCAUAAUUAUUUGUUUCCUCAAGGACGAAGUCAUACAAAUCAUCGGUCAAUAGUAAAUCAAACAAAUUUAUUGGUUUAUCACCAUUAGGCUUUAUUUUUAAUCCGGUAUUGUCUUCAAAAACUGUCCAAAUCUGGGGAAUUGUAUUACCAAAUAUUAUUAUGUGUUUGUGAAUUUGUCGGCUUCUUAGUUUUCCGUCCAUACAUUUUAGGUGGAGAGUUUAUAAGUGAAGGAAGUUCGUUUUGUAUUGGCAUUUGAUCGAUAAUCAUCUAAACGCAAAGGACUUACCUCUCUGACGACGUCACUUUCAAUUUCGGACACAUUUUGCAAAACCUCUUCAUUUACAUGAUAAUCUACAAUAUCGUCCGCUGAAUCGCCUUCGCCUAAAUCUGUAUCCGAGUCAUGUAAAAACUCUUCAUCAGACGACAAUGGUUCUUCGAACAUUUCAGAAAUAUCAUGAUCGGAUAAACGUAUUUUUUUUUUUGUAACCGGUAACUUUGAACGAUUUAUGAGACCUACUCGGUGUACCUUGAAAUGAAUCCCAUUUAUGUGAUAAAUAAAAUGUAUACGAUUUAUAAAGAUAUUUGUACUUGCGUAAAUAAAGUCGUAAAUCGGUAUAAUAAUAAUAAUAAUGCGCAUCGGAUGUACACCAAAACAGUAGAUAACAGAUAACCGAAAACUAUGGCGCGGUAAACGCGCUAAUGGACGCGCACAAUUAUUUCAUAGCUGUUGUAGUAAUAGGCUAGUAAACGAAUUGAUAAUAGGUAUAAUGACGUAAAUUCUUUGGGAUUAUUUUCGAUUAUAAAUCAUAAUUUAUGGCGGUGCCAAUACUAUAUUUAACAACAACUAUUCAACUGUAUAUUAAAAGGACAAUUGAGAUGUAUGUAAUGUUGUAUUGUCAUCGGCGAUUUCCCGGAAAAAAUAACCAUUACUUUGUUAAAAAUAAACGAAAAUAAAAUCCAAAUGCACCUAUAGUUGACUAUAGUAGACAUUUCGCCGAAUAACCGCGUAUAAAAACGGUAAAAUUGCUCCGAUAACCGAGUAAAUUAUAAGGCCGUAAAGAUGCCCGCACAAACUGUCGACCGCGGCACCCGGCGUGUUAAAUUAAUACCACCGAGUAUUGCCGUCCUAGAUGGGCGAUAUUAUACAUUUUCAUUUGUGUUCGUACUUGAACGUUAAUGGUUUUUAAUUCAGAGAGUGUCGAGUAAUUUAUCGGUUUUACAACGAUUAUUUAUUUAUUUUUCUCUUGGUAAUUUUAUACCAGAAGUCCUGUUCCGAUGUAUCAAGUGUGAUGUCUUUUCCGAAAGAAAAUCGUGUCUAGUCGGUACUUAAAGAUGACAUUUGAUUUUCAAAACGGUUUUCAUAAUAAUUGAAAAUAAAAAAAAAAAAAAAAAGUAGGAAAAACAGAAAAUUUACGUACACGUAUAAAAGAAACUUUGCUCUGAAUCGUUUUUCGUCACCAUUAGCUGCACAUAUUUUUUACCGUAAAUUAUAAUAUACUUAUAUUUACACUAAGAUGGUUAGGUGUAAAUAUUACAUGGAAGGCAUAUGAAAUAAUAAUGAUAUGGAUAAUAAUAAUAUUGAUAAUAUUUGUAAAACCGUAACUAUGGUUUUGAUAAACUCCAAUUAGUUUAAAAUUAUGUUGUUAUUAUCUGUAUUUUAUAAAAUUAAUUUAAAGAUGAGAUAUUGUGGUUGGAGCAACAUUACCUAUUGGGCUUAAAUACCCAAUUUUCCUAUACGCCUACAGUAAAAAAAUGGUCAUAAAGCAAUGAAAAGUUUCUCUUUAACGCUGUAUUUUAAUAAUAACCAGUAGUUCUACACUGAAAGUUUAUUUUUUCUUAACAAUAUUGUUUUAUAGAUUUGGUAAAGAACAUGUUGUCAUGGAAACCGUUCAUACCGUUGGCUGGCCUGAAUUUCAAUGCGUACAUGGUAAACACCAUAUUUCCUGUAGCUGACACGGCCAGCAGGCGAAGUUCCGAUCACUUUGAUAUCAGAAGUUUCGUAAGUAUCUUGUGUAUAGUAUAUACAUUAUACAUACAGACAUAUGGUAUAUUCGGGAGAAUUCUGUGUUGUUUACCGAUAAGUCCGGAAUUAAAAAAAAAAAAACGAAAAUAGCUUUAAAAAAACUUUUUUCUUACGAAAAUUUAUAAAAUAUAUAUUUGUUUGAUAAGAAAUUUUCAACUUGUCUGACUGACAUAAAUAUAACUCUUCGACUCUGUUACUACCUACUAGAGAUGUCGUCACUCGAAAAAUCAUUAUUUUUAUAGUAUUAAUUUUGUCAUUCAAGAUCAUUGUUUUUAAUCCUUAAUGAUAUGUCUGUAUUUUUUUUACAACAUACGAAACAUUUUUUAUCAAAUCCACCAUACAAAUACGGGAGGAUAACGCUACUGCAAUUUACUUUUCCGUAACAUCCUACAGCGUGUGAACCGUGUAGAAUAACUUUUCUAUCAGCAAUUUUGCUCCGAUUUACAAUGAUAGUAUUUUUUCCGAAAUAAAUACUUACUAGAGUGGUCAAGGUCAUUUUAUGAUUUUCCCAGGCGUUAUGCCGAAAAAUUAGAAAAACCGGGAAAAUAUGUACAAUAUUAGUAAAUAUUAUUGCAUAUGCAUUUUACCAUAAUAUGACAUAUUGUUAACAAAGCAACACUAUCAACUGAACUCCGCUCAGAAUUGUUAUUCUAUUAACAAUGGUUAAUUGUUGCAUACAGAUAUACAAAUUCCCUUUGUAUCCUACCUUCCCAACUUCCCACCUACAACAGUAGCUGCAACCGUCCCCAUUAUAUCCUAGGACAGCUUUUUAAUAGUUGUAUUUUAUAUUUUAUUUAAAUUUGCUUUCUUUUUAAUUGUUUUAAAACAUUUAGAAAAAAAUGUUUAUAGAACUAGUUUGGUUAGGUUAUACAUCGUAGGACAGCUUUUAAAUUCUGAGUGGAGUGAAGAAGCUUAUGGCUUUACAAAUAUAUUAAUUUUUUUUUUUCUGUGGACAACUUUUCAACCAGAGAAUUUUAUCUGAUUUUUAUAUGUAACACCCUUUUUGCAAAGAAAUCAGUGUGGGGAGGUACUUUAAGGAGGUCGAUUUUCGAUUUUUCUGGAGUUUUUUCAACAAAUGUGUUAAAAAUACUAUGGCCUUUUUUUUUCCUGUGGACAACUUUUAUACCAGCAAUUUUACUCAAACUUAUAAUGAUAUCUAUUUUUCUAAAAGGAAAUUUCACUGGGAAGGUUCCUAAGGAGAUAAUUUUUCGAUUUUCUCAAGAAUUUUCCCAGAAAACGUGAAAAACCAGGCAAAAAUUGGAGAAAAUUAGAAAAUGUAUACAUUAAAUCAAUAUUAUUAAAGAUAUAUAUAUAUAUAUUAUUAUAUAUUUAUAAUGCCUAAUUAAUUAUUUUAACAUAAUAUUACAUAUAUAUUGUUGACAACGCAUCACUAUCAACUGAACUUAGUUUAGUAUCGUUUUUUUCAUAGCAAUGGUUAAUCAUUGUUAACAGUUAUACAUUUAAUCACUAAUAAUUGUGGCUGCACCCGUAACCAUUAUUCUAGGACGCCUUUUUAAAUUUCAACCUAUUAUAUAAAAAUAUAGAACUCAAUUUAACCUAAACCCCUCCCCUACCCUCUCCCAAAAAUUGUACCAGCUAUGGCCUUGGAUGAAACAAGGUGUAGGUAGUUCAACAUGUACAUGACACAUUUUUAUUAGGAUCAAAUAAUAUUAAAUAAUCAAAUUACAUAAGUUAUUUAUGUAAUCACUUCAAAAUUAGUUUAUAGAAAUUGUCUUGAAAAUAUUCAAGUUUAUGAUUUUUCUAACAGGUGUUAACAUAAAGAAAUCUUAUAUACAAUAUAUAUUUUUUUUUUUCAGAUAACUGAUGCUAUCUCAGAUACAGUUGUGUGUUUAACAAUUGGUUUAUUCCUUUAUUUGUUAGUGGAAAGGCCAUUUAGGCUGCUGAUCACUCAACUUUUUGUCGCCAAAUCAAAGUCAAACCAAAAAAAGUAAAUAGUUAUUUUAUUAUCUAUAAUAUAUGUAUAAAAUUAGGUGUAUGUUCCUCUAAUAACAUUGGAUUGUUAUUCCGCUGAUAAUAAUAAAACAUAUGAGCAUUUUAAUCAUUAUUUCAUACAAUAGGUUUGCUAUUAAAAUACAUUCUAAAACAUUUUAGUUUUUUUUUAAAAUUAAUUUAUAUAUAUUCCAUAGUUUUCAAAUAUUUCUUAAUUUUUUAUCUGUAUUUUCAAAAACGCUAACAUUUAUAUUAUCAAUUAAUGUUCUCUUUCCCUAAGAAAAAAUAGAUUAUACAUAAAUCAUAUAUAUUUCUUUUAUGAUUAACAGUCUGUAAAACCAGUCUUAAAAUCAUAAUAUUAUGUUCAUGAAAAAUAAAAUAGUAGAAAAAAAAAUACAUUUAUCAUAAUAUUUCUGGCAAUGCAUUCAUAAAUUUAUUUAUAUAUUUUUUUUUUUUACUAUAUUUAUUUACAUGUACUAACCAUUUUAAUAUUUUUGUUUUUGCUUUAUUAUUUUAUUAAGACACCGUUAUUAUUUCCAGUAAUUUUAUUUCACAAUCGUCAGAAUCGGAUCAAGAUUAUGACAAAGUCCUACCAACACAUCAUUGAAUUUAAAAAGACUCCAUUAUAUAUUAUUUAUUAUCUCAUUUAUAUUAAUAUUAUUAUAAUUUUGUCCUUUCCAAAUAGUUGAGAUGAAGGCAAAGUAGAUGAAGAAUUAUUUUUAUAUAUUUUUUUCUUAUACUGUAAUCAUAAUUUAUUAGUUUAGUAUGUCUAUCAUUUAAUUUUAUAUUUUAUGUAAAGGCUAAACUAGAUUAUUAGUUAGAUAAUGACUGUGUACAGAUAACUAUUAAUUUCAUUUAUGUUCUAUCUAUAUACCUAAUAUCAUAAAUUGUUAGAUACUAAAAACAUCAAAAAAAUUAUAAUAAUAUUAAUAAAACAAUAUUAA